GGCAGAGAACACUUGAUGAACGUGGCAGUACCUGCUUUUACUUCUCUUUAUCCUGACAGCUGAAGAAACAGCAGUCUGAACCAGACCAGAACAUAAGUAUGAAGUUUAACACAGCUUUGAGUGUUGUUGGGACCAUACUUCUCAGCAUAGCAGGUUCCCUCUGCCAGUUAGAUGUGUGUGGUCGAGCCCCCCUCAAUGUCAGGAUUGUUGGAGGAGAGGAUGCGACGGCAGGAUCCUGGCCUUGGCAAGUCAGGAUUCAUGUCCAUGACUAUUUGUGUGGUGGGACUCUGAUCAAUAAAGACUGGGUUUUAUCUGCAGCUCACUGCUUCGAAGAGUCUAGCGAUAUCAGUGAUCCUGACAUUGUGAUGUACUUUGGGCAUUUGAACCAAUCCGGCUCAAACCCUCAUGAGAUAAUCAGGACAGCGAGUCGAAUCAUCAGACAUAGUAACUAUAACGAUCAGCCCAACAACAAUGACAUAGCACUGGUCCAGCUCAACUCGUCUGUGCCUUUCUCUGAUUACAUUAAGCCGGUCUGUCUGGCGGCGGCUGGUAGUGUAUUUUCUGCAGGUACAGAGAGCUGGGUCACUGGAUGGGGCACGCUACAAUCUGGAGAUACCGAUCUUCCAAAUACACUGCAGGAGGUGAUGAUACCCAUUGUGAGCAACAGUGACUGUUAUAAAGCUUAUGGAGGGAUCAACAUAAGCAUCACAAGCAAUAUGAUUUGUGCUGGAUUGUUAAAUAAGGGAGGAAAAGAUUCAUGUCAGGGAGACUCUGGAGGUCCAAUGGUCAGUAAGAAAGACUCUCUGUGGAUUCAGUCCGGCAUUGUGAGUUUUGGUAAAGGAUGUGCUCUCCCUAAAUAUCCUGGCGUGUACACCAGAGUCUCUCAGUACCAGAACUGGAUCAAGUCUUACAUGGGCAGCAACCCACCUGGAUUUGUUGAAUUCAAUCCAACAUCCAACUCCAACUUUGGAAGCGCACCCAACCUCCUCUUAUUUUCCCUUUCUCUCACGUUCUCCAUCCUUCCUUUCACCUUCUCCCUCUAUCUCUCUUCCUAAAGAUUGAUUGAACAGAAACUCUCAGGGUUCUUUAAUGAAGAGGACAGAUGUGCUGUACAUGUUAUUUAUAUUGUCAUUUAUUCUUUAUCUUUUUAAAAAAUUUAAUUCAUGAAAAGCUCUCUCAUUGACAUUAUAAGAGCAUACACUAAUGAAGUUCGUGCUUCUGUACUCUGAGAUUCAGCAUGAUUUCAUAAAUAGUAGAGAUGGACCAAUAUUGAUUUUUUAAAAAAAUAACAAACCAUUUAUUUUCAUGUUUAUAUGUCUGAUAACCAGCAUAACUGAUACAGGGUCUGGAGCUCUGCAUUGGAUCCUGCUUGUUGAAAAUGUAAUUAUCUUUCUGUAUUUCUGUAUCUUUAUGUAAAUAUCUAAUCAAUUACCAUGUUGUAGUCACACUGUCUAAGAAUAAACACAAAAGAAGGAACUGACUUUGGGAAUGCUCUCUCUCUCUCUCUCUCUCUCUCUCUCUUCAUACUGUCUUAAUGUUUUUAUGUAAACCCUGAU